GAGCUAAGCUUAGUUUCGCGGAUAAGGUAAGAGUUGAGGCAGGUCAUUUCGCCCGAGAAAAAUACCCGAUGCUGGUGCCUCCGGUCUAGUCCGCUCUCCGGCUGCGCGCCCUAGGGAGAGGAUGCCAAAUUUUGAUUCCACGCCGCCGGUGGCGAUGGAGGAGGACGAGGCGAUGGCCACUUCUGCCGCUGCUUCAGCAUCGGAGGGGACACCAAAAUGCAAGAAGAAGAACAAGGAGGCGAAGGCCAAGGAGAGGGGGGGUGGCCGAGCAGGAACCCACCCCCGCUGUUGUUUCAGUGGAGAGAGCAUCCUAUUCAGAGUUGGUUUUCUGAUUUUAGCAUCAGAGGGGACACCAAAAUGUAAGAAGAAGAUGAAAAAGAAAAAGCAGCAGGAGCAACAGGAAUCCCUACCUGAUUCUGAUUCCAUGGUGGCGCUGGCGGCAGAGGAGGCAAAGGGAAAGGGGAUGGAGGAGUGGGAGGCUGCCAGCGCUGCUACUUCUGCAUUGGAGGGGAUACCAAAAUGGAAGAAGAAGGAGGAGGCCAAGGCGAAGGAGAGGGGGAUCUUGGAGCAGGAAACCACCACCGGCGCUGUUUCAGCAUCUGAGGGGACACCAAAAUGUAAGAAAAAGGAGGCGGCGAAGGUGAAGGAGUGGGAGAUGGCGGAGCAGGAAGCCACCACUGCUGCUAUUUCAGCAUUGGAAGGGACACCAAAAUGGAAGGAGGAGGAUGCGAAUGCAAAGAAGAGGGGGAUGGUUGAGCAGGAUGCCACCACAGCUGCUGUUUCAGAUCGAACGACAGAGGGGCUACCUCGGCUCCGGCUUGGAAGGCGUCGGUGACGAGCUUAGAACGGCGAAGGACGGUCGGAGGAGGACGAAGGAGACAUCGCGAUGCUUAGAUGUCGAUGGCGAGCGAUGGAGGAGGACGAGCAGCGGCAGGCGACUCCGUUUGAUGUGGUUGUGGGUGUCGGGGAAUAUCGGAGAGGCACAGCGAUGAUAGCGGAGCUCGAUGAUGGUUCGGCGGCGUCUGGAGCUCGAAACGGCGAUGCUCGGGCGACGAGGUGCUUGGGUGCGGGGAUGCAAGAGGAGCUCAGCCGAGGGUCAUAUGUGGCUUUUAUAGCCGGGUGAGGGGAGCUCGGCGGCAGCUAGGGUUUAAGGCAAUGGGCGGCUAAUUCGUGUCAGUUUCCUUCUUUCACCACGCAAUUGACUGGGAAAGAGAUCAUGUGGGGGCAGUUUCCAUCCGGCUUUCAAUCGGCGCUUCAAUUGCUUUAAAUGGUGACAUUUUUCACGGGGAUUUGAUUUGGGCUCCAGCACAGAAGAAAAAGGAAGACGACAAUGGAGGAGGAAGAAGAUGCGCUGAUGGGUGGGUCCCACAGGCAGAGAGAGAUCAAAGAGAGGGAAGGGAAAACGGGUGUGACAUGGUGUAGCCUGACAUGUAAUAAUUUAGUACCUGUGCCAACAACAAACUGUAGCAAAGAGUAGGGUAUUAUGGAUCACCUCUUCCAUUAGUGCAGACAUACCAGUAGUGCUUUGUUGGCUACAUCAUACCGAGGGGUUUGAAUCUCUAGGAAAGGAUACUUACAGCAUUAAUUUAGAGUCAGGUGAGAAAUGCUUAUGCAAUGAAUGAUCUUUCCAAAAUUAAAUGUAACUCAAUAUUGGCUGGUUCAUUAUCCUCCCCACUUUUUUUUCCUAUGCACUUCUCUUCCUCUUAAUUUUUGUCUUUUUCUUUGCUCCUUCACCGUUGAGCAGUGGACAUCCUUUCCUAUUGUGGUUUGCACCAUUGUAUAAGGCACGAUCCAUGAAAGCUCCAUGUUUAGAUAGCAUAGCACCUGCUCCAUCUCAAUGGGCUGCUUCUUCUACACUUCUUAGGCCGCCCCACCUUUCUGUCAUAUACCGGAGGCGGAGGGUUCACAUUUGGUUCAUUGACAUUUUACCAUUCAGUUUUGUAGCAUGUAGACACCAUAUCCUCAGGUUGAAUUCUCUCAUUUCUAAAGCAUGAAGCGGCAUGAAUGCAUAGGAUGGCAGUUAGCUGCCAACGUCUGCAGUCACACCUCCUGACUGCCAGGUGCACGAUAUACCUGGAAGGCUAGAACGCACCCUUUCCAGCAGGUAGAGUGAAACAAGUAUUUGCCAAGUCAGUCAUUUCCUCAACCUUCUGCCUGAUCAUAGAUCUUGCCACUCCUCUUCUCCUUGGAUUCUUUUUGCUUGGGGUAGAGUCUGGUCAGUAUUUGGGACUUGAUUGUCUGAGUCAUUGCUUGUCAUAGACUUCGAAGGACAAACAAUAUGUAGCUCCCUUGCUUCCAAUAAGAGAUGAGAAUUUGUUCUGCACUUUUGAAACAAUGAGAAUUAAGGGGUCUUGCAGGUGUCAAGUGACAUAUACGCGGUACUAAAGCAUCCAUUCACCAAGUUCAAGAAAAAACAGCUAUCUGUGUUUGACCUCCUCAAAUCAGUUGCAUAGUCCCACAGCUGGUUAUAUCGUGCAACAUCAUCCCUAGCAAGCUUUCUUCUAGGAGUCAUGUUGUGUUCUGCACAAUCUUUGCAAAUCUACUCCGACUCAUCUUGUCAUCUGCUCUGUCCUCAGCAUACCUUUCAGCAAGGUACUUGACUAUAAAGGCUUCAGCUCCCACUCUCUUUUACAUGUAUGCUUGUCCACAUAAGUCUUGAUCAUGGCUCUGCUAUAUAUGGUGGGUCUCCUGCACUACGAAGCUUCUGCACCAUGGAUUGGGAAGUCAGGCCUCUAACCAGCGUCAUGCUUCCCCAGCAGCAGCCUGCUUCCACACGUGCAGAACACCGUCAAACCUGACCCAAUCACCGACUCCAAGCCCUGGCCGCUGUCUACCCGCACCGUCCGUCAUCGAGGCAGCCCUGGUUGCUUCUGCCAUAAGGGCUACUAAUGAAAUGUGAUUAACCAGUUCAGUUUUUCUCCCCCUUUUUUUGGCAAAAGAACGUCUAGGGCACCUGAUUGCUGAGGUGGACUCCCACAUGAGCAUUUCAACCAUGUUGGCCUGUUUAGACCCACUAGUGACUAGCUAAACAUACUUUAGCGACCUGGAAGUACAAUUUUAAAGUACAGUGACCAGAACCAUUGGCCCAGAUGACAGACGCGGCAAGUUGAGUGACCCACCAUACAAUUUCCUCUUUCCACUAAUAUGGUAAUGGAAGUUAUGCAAUGUGUGCUGCGCAUCUCUAGAUCAUUCUCAGUUAUCAAUUUUCUUAUCGUUGUUUGAUUGUGUUUGGCCUUUGACAAUUCUUAUCUUUUGUUUGAAUGCUGUUGUAUGCAUUGCCAUGCUUUCUAUAUUUUGGUUGCGAGCUACUCAUAUAGUAAUGUUUCUUAUCGC